AAUGCUCAGCCCUACUUUUCACAAAUCUCAAGCCCAAACGUUGCUGGUCCACCGAAUGUUCUCCUACGUCUGCAUCCCAGAAUCUUCGUGAUUCGGGUUACCGUUUUCAAACCGACCCGGAUACAACACACGAAUCCGGAUCUUCAUCUUCGUAACAUCAGUACUCUUGAAGUUGUUGAACCAAUCUUGACACAGAGAGCAUUGUCACUUCCGUUCGGCGAGUUUCAGCAUCGAUUGCACAAUGCGCAACCUAGCACCUCAAUUCUCUAACCAUUUAUUUAGAAGAAGAGUUGCGAUCAAUCAACAAUCUCGUAAUUUUUCAUCUUCUAGUAGCAAAGAAGAACUACUCUUGGAGCAUGAAGUUGAGAGAAAAUUUGGGUGGUUAUUGAAGAGUCUAUUUUUCGGGUCUGCACUUUAUGCGGGAUACCAGUUCUUUCCUUAUAUGGGGGAAAAUUUGAUGCAACAGUCGGUAUCUCUUUUGCGUGUCAAGGAUCCCUUGUUCAAAAGGAUGGGAGCUUCUAGAUUGGCCCGUUUUGCGAAAGAUGAUGGAAGCAGGAUGAAGAUAGUUGAGUUGGGUGGAGAUAAAGAGCUCAUAAAUAUGUUAAGCACGGCUAAAGACGACCGUACACGGAAAGCAGCAUUGAACGCUCUGGCUCAGCUGUCACACUCAGAUGAAGUUCUUGCAUCCUUGCAUCGUGCUGGGGCCAUUUCAGUUAUUAGGUCUGCUCCGAGUUCACUUGAGGAUGCAGAUGUUGAGAAAUUCAAGUUGAGCUUGAUGAAAAGGUUCCAAGAUCUUAAGUAUGAUGUGUCUUCAUAAAUUUUAAUAGAGGUUCUAUUUUUCCCCCCUCAUAAGCCGUGAAGGCAUUUUUAAGGUACACUGGAAAUUGGUAUGUAUCUUUUGUCCAAAAUUUAAUAGAAUAUUAGAAAUCGAUUACCGGAAA